AUGCUUCGCUAUCUACUAAUUUUAUUGCUAUUCAUCAGUUUAGUAAUAUCUUCUCCUAGCAAAACCUCUAGAUCUAUUCGAAAAAUCACACUACAUAUCAAGCCAGCUUCUAUCAAUCCAGACUGCUUUACUGAAUCUUUUGCUGCUGUGCUCAUUAAUGAUCAAUUUCCUGCUCCUGCUAUUCAUGUAGUGAAAGGUGACUUGAUUGAUGUCACGGUUAAGAAUGAUCCAUCACACAAUGCAUCUACCAGCAUUCAUUUUCAUGGUAUCAAACAGCUAUAUACUAAUUAUGCAGAUGGCGUUCCAGGCGUUACUCAGUUGCCCAUCCUUCCUGGGCAAGAAUAUACUCAAAGGUUUAAAGUAGACGAUCAGUCAGGUACUUAUUUUUAUCAUGCUCAUGUGAGCACUCAGGAUGACACCAUUCAAGGUCCCUUUAUUAUUUAUGAGUCUGAAGAAACGCUUGAAAAGAAGGCAUGUGAUGGACCGUAUUCUUACGAUGAGGAGUUCACUCUUCAAUGGAGCCAUUGGUGGCAUCAGUCUCUUCAAGAUAGAGAAGCAUACUAUUUAGGUUCUAAUUUUGCAGGAGACAGUGGUCCAGAUAGCGUCUUGUUGAACGGUAAGGGAGUCUAUCCAAAUGUUACCUUGUCACAAGACCAGAAUUGCAAAGGCUUUACUUAUUUUGAUGUUGAACCUAACAAGGUAUAUCGUCUUCGUAACAUUGGUGCUGUAACUUUUCGUAUGCUGGAAAUAUCUAUUAAAGAUCAUGACAUGAAAUUGAUUGAAAUUGACGGUGAAUAUGUCAAGCCCUUUGGUUUAAAAUCUAUUGAAAUUGAUGCUGGUCAACGCAUGUCUGUCUUGAUUCGAACUGGAAAUCAUAAACCUGGUUCUCUCUUUCCUAUUCUCUCUCAGUUUAAAUGGCGUAAUGAUGCCAAUAAUCCUGGUUAUACCCAAUCUGGCUACGGCUAUCUUAGAUAUAUCAAUCCAAAGCAUAAAGCAAAAGAAGCCCUUCGAAUUCUAAGUAAACCCAAGACACCACCUUACAAUGCUACUAAUGUACCAGGCUGGGUUCUGUCUCAAGUCAAGCCAUACAAAUCAUGCCCAUCAGAAAUUCUUGAUGCAAAGCCAGAUCAUACUUUCUAUAUCAAUAUGCGAGAAGUAAUACUCCCAGACAAUCGUACACGAUUCAUCAAUAAUAAUCGUCCUUACAUGGAAAACCCUUGGGAAAGCGCUACCACUUCCUUACUAGACAUGGUAAAAAAGGAUCAUGACGUUCACAUCUUGGAAAAGGAUGGCUAUGAUCCAAAACACCACACAUAUCCUGUAGGUCAAAACAAGAUUAUCGAUCUUGUCUUUCAAAACCACUUUUUGCCUUCACCUGCCCCACCUGGGCUUUGCGUGAGUCAUCCUUGGCAUACACAUGGCUAUUCUCAUUAUUUGUUGGCUGAAGGAGCUGGUGAUUAUGAUCCAAAAUCAGACAAAGACGUUGUUACUUUUUCAGAACCUUUGUUUAAAGAUGUCAGCAUUGUUUAUCCUCGUACUUCAGAAGGUUCUAUUGGUUGUGGAUGGACAAAAGUCCGAAUCUUUACGGAUAAUCCUGGAGUUUGGGCUAUUCAUUGCCAUAUCACAGCACAUAUGUUACAAGGAAAAAUGAUUGUUUUGGAAGUUGCUCCUGAAAAAAUCAAGUCAAAAAAGUCUUCCAACUCAAGGCAAACUAGAGCCAGCUGA